UGAGCUAACUCUACCAGAGAAGCUCACAUCACCAGAAGAAUUAUACUGAGUUGGCUCUCUCUGCUUGUUCUACCAAACCCGCGCUCAUCUCUCUCUCCCUGUUGCUAAUUUUUCCCCGUCGCCCCACUCUCAGUCAGCAUGGUGAACAGAUAACUGCUAAGCUGUUGAACAUGGGCUCCUGCCUCUGCAAAGGUCACCAAGAGCUGCAAAGUGGCCAGCAACACCCCAUGGAAGAGCUUCACUCGUACGCUGAAGGGCAGCCCAUUUUUAAGGGUAACCAUCAGCCCUACAACGGCAGCAUGUCGGAUAAAAGGAGCAGCAGCGGGUAUGACAUCGGAGAAUUGGCUACAUCUUCCCUGCUGGGACUGCUGGCCACUAUUAAAGACCACAUCACUAAGCCCACUGCGAUGGCCCAGGGCCGAGUCGCCCACCUGAUUGAGUGGAAGAGCUGGGGAGGGGAAACCACGUCUGGAGCAGGCUGGUGUGGCUGGACGAGAGAUGGUGGAGGAUGGGGAGGUAUGGGAGCAUCGCUGCAGGAGGACGAGCAGCUCUACUCCCACCUCACCGAUGAAAUCAAAGAAGCACGAUUUGCUGCAGGUGUGGCGGAGCAGUUUGCUCUGGCUGAGGCAGCGAUGAAUGCCUGGUCAUCCCACGAUGUUGAAAAUAAAGUUACAGGCAGUACAAUUCCAGUUCAAGACCCCGAGGGCCUCUAUCUUUCUCAGUUCCUGCUGGAUGGAGGGAGUCUGGGUGUUCCUCAGCACCUGUACAGAAUGCACAUGGAAGCUGAUGACACCAGCUCUCUGGCGCCUUCUCAUCUUCCUCAGUCGCAUUCCCCCAGUCGUUCUCAUUCUCCGCUGGACGCACAACGUCCGUCGCAGGAGCAGAGGAUCUCGCCGAUGGAAGGGUCCGUAAGACACGCAGACAGCAUCUCCCUGUCGGAGGACGAGGUUUUUUAUAACUGAAAUUUGGAUGAUGACAGUGGAAACGAAAAAGGAAAAGGUUUUUCAUCUCUUCUUUGUGUUCGAUGAGAAGCGUAUGAGGUUACAUCUGGGGUUAUCGCUUUACCGUUAAAGUAUGUAAUAGCCACAGCUGAGCUCUUUGACAAGCAACGAGCGCAGGGAUCAUUGUACACACGGACAUGCUAUUUCCAUAUCACGUUGCCUUUUUGCAAAUGAAGCGGUAAUGAUGAUGGAGAUUGGACUUUAUGUUAACAGGGUCAGACCAAUUACGUCUAGAAUACGGUAAAAGGUCAUUGCGCAUCAAUGAAUCUAAAAAUAUCAAUUGACAGAGGGGUGAUCAAGACCGUCAUGCCCCUUCACCUUCCACUGAAUGUUUGUAGAUAUUUGCAGCAGCCUUUCACAAAAAAAAGCGGUGGUCUAUUAGCACUAUAGACUGAAGAAGAAAGAGCCAAAAUAAAACACGCUUUCAUCUACACAGACAUUUUUCUGGUGCAUUUCCACUAAGAAUGGCUGAAUGGGACUGCGGAGGUGAAUAGGAUUCUUUUGUGAGCACUCCGGAGGGUGAAAGUGACUUAUGCCUUUGAGCAAAGCCUCGAUCAUUACUUGGGACAGUGAGGUGGAGAUUUUAACGAUUUUUCAUAUUGCUAAAUAUUUCCAUGGAGAUUUUGAGUAUAAAACGUCUAACACAGCAAAUGACUACAUGUAUCCUCAAAGCUGAAGUGUGUGAUUUUUAAUAGCCUCACCAAACAACUGCUUGACAAGUACAGUUUCUGCCCAUUCCCAUCAUCUGCUAUUGGUUAAAAAAAAGAAAACCUCACCCCAAACUCAUGCCAUUGGUCGAGCAAAUGUCGCCACUUGGAAUGCAAUCCAUCAUGGCACCAGUGUUUACAUAUUUUUAGGAAACUGACCUACAGAUAGCUUACUUGUUGCAUAAAAAGAUGAUUUAAUAUUAAUAUUAUGUAAUAAUAUUUAUUACUUUUAAUAUUUGUGAAUAUCUCUAUUAUUUGUAUUGAUAAUAUAAAUUUUAUUAAGAUUGAAUAUGAGAUCAAAUUGACAUAAAAAUGGCUUAAAGUAAAAAAUAUUCAAAAUAUUAAGAUAAAAAUAUUUAAAAUAUAAUAUAAAAUAUUCCUAUGAUUAAGAUAUAAUUUGAGACAUAUACGCUUUAGCAAUUAAUUGAAUAAUUAAUAUGAUCGUAAUAUUAACCUACAAAUAUACUUUUAAAAAUGUUUUAAAAUUUUUAUUAAUAUUAAAUAUUAAUAAUAUUCACACUACAGUGGAAUAUGAAAUGACAUCAAACUAUAAAUUGCUUAAUUGUAGCAAUUAAAUCAUUUAUUAGUAUUAAUGUUACUAAUAUUAGCAUUAUUACAAUUUUUAGUAAUAUUACACACAUCAAAAUAAAACAAUGCACACUUCAGCUUUUUUGUUUGUUUGUUUGUUUGUUUGUUUGUUUUUAAGUUUGUGGUCACAGGUUCCACUGAUUUAUAAGUACACAUAUGUGUAGAACUGAAAAAAGUAUUACCACACAUAACUUUGAGUAACUUGCCUCCAUAUAUUGUGUUAAUGUCGUGUCAACCAUUUUGUGCAGUCCUUUGUAUGUAAAAAAAAAAAGAAAAAAGUAUGAUUUAAUCUUUAAAAGAUCUAUUGCGACAGAAACCGCUUGCUAACAAGAAAAUUCUUCUGUGUUCUUGCGCGUGUCUGAGACGAAAGAGCGAGAGCCGGAAUAACAAUCGUCUGCCUUUUCUCCGUAAUUAGCCCUAUUCACACUCCACUGACAAAGAAAGGUGAUGGAAAGAAAGAGAUAGUGAGGGAUGUGGCUGAAGAGGGGAAUGGGCGACGGAGGGGAUUAUAGUAAAUGCAGAAGCAGGAGAUGAUGGGAGAGAAGGCUGCUGGGAGGUGGGAUGGUCAAGUGUUAUCAUGCUCCAGGGUCUUUUAAUAGAAGUUUACACUGUGUGAUCCUCGUGUGGUGUCAGAUAAUGUGCGUGACUGCUUUGGUGCUCCAGGGGAGGAUUUGAAGUAGGGUUUAAUUGUGUUGAUAGAGGCUCUGGGGCGGUGAGCAGAAUUGAAAUUGUGUUUGUAACUGGAAUUCAAUUUCAACACAAUUUAUUAAGGACCAAUACACUGAAUUUAAAUGAAUUCUUAUAAAACCUUUUCUGAGAAAAAAGCACAAGGAAUAAUGAAAGAAAAGAACGGAAUUGGGAUGGCUGAGAAAUUAAAAGAUAGGCCAUUUAUUACUGAAGCCUUUGUUCUGUUCUUUUCUCCCAGCGUGAGGCUCAUGAAGCUAACAAGCUGCAUGAGGUUACAAACAGAUACCUCAUUUCAUUCAAACUCUAGACAUGUACAUGGUAUUAUACAUCCAGCCAUGCAGCAUGAAAGCAGAAGGGUAUGACGGGACCUUGAAUGUCUCCCUUUUGUUUUUCUGGUGUAUGAAGUGUAUGAAUAUAUAUUCUGUUUUAUUAAAUAUUGGUGGAGGCACACAAUUAGUGAAAAAUAAAUAAUAAAAGAAG